AGGGAAGGGUUAGAGAUGCUCUCACUGAGCUACCAACAUCCGGAUCCCCUGCCUAUCGAUCUGCCUCGCCGACGACUGAGCUCUCCAUCGGUCAGCCACGACGCGGCCGGCCUCGUGCCCUACCGCCGUCUCGGCUACCAUGCCAGGUUCACCUCCGGCGCAGGCUCUCCCUCCAGCACCCAAACCCAGAGCCAAGCGCCACCUCCUUCUCCUCCUCACGGCGCCGUCCCUCCUCGCCCUCGUCCUCGCCGUGCUCUUCGCCACCUCAAGCAAUCCGCUGCCACGCCUCGUCCGCCUGCUCCUCAGACCGAGGUCUUCCCUUCUCAGCCCGCCGGAGCCAGUCUCCGCGGCCGAUACCUCGACGGACGCGGGACGCCCACCAUGUGUUCUAUGGAUGGCCCCUUUCGCCUCCGGCGGCGGCUACUGCUCCGAGGCCUGGUCCUACGUCGCCUCGCUUGACGAGAAUGUCGCUGCAGGCGUCGAUGCGAACUUCACGCUCUCAAUCGCCCACCACGGUGACCUCGAGUCGCCGGAGUUCUGGCAGGGCUUGCCCGAGCAGUCCAAGAACUUGGCGUACAGGCUCGCCACUGCGCAGUGUGAGCUCUCUCGUGCCGUCGUUGUGUGCCACAGCGAGCCUGGCGCGUGGUACCCGCCGAUGUACGAGUCUCUGCCUUGCCCACCUACCGGGUACGACGAGCCGGCGUUCGUCAUUGGCCGGACGAUGUUCGAGACUGACCGUGUCUCGCCGGAGCAUGUCAGGCGCUGUAACCAGAUGGAUGCUGUCUGGGUACCGACAGAUUUCCACGUCUCCACAUUCGUGAAGAGCGGGGUCGAUCCCUCCAAGGUCGUCAAGGUAGUGCAGGCCGUCGAUGUCACAUUCUUUGAUCCAGCCAAGCACGUCGCCUUUCCUCUUCCGAUUGGUUUCUCUGUCAUGGCGCCUGAUGAUUCUACACGGAAUACUGAUAGCUCCAAAGGCAAAGGUUUUGUGUUUCUUAGUGUGUUCAAAUGGGAGCAGAGGAAGGGCUGGGAUGUGCUUCUGACAGCCUUUCUGCAGGAGUUCUCUGGAGCUGAUGAUGUUGUGCUCUACCUACUGACCAACGCCUACCACUCUGACACAGAUUUUGGAGGGAAAGUUCACAGAUUUGUGAACAAUUCCAGCAUUGAGGAGCCAGUGCUAGGAUGGGCAGAAGUCCGGGUGGUUGAUGAGCAUGUCCCACAGUCCGACCUUCCAAGGUUGUACAAGGCUGCAGAUGCAUUUGUGCUACCUUCCCGUGGCGAGGGGUGGGGCAGGCCGGUGGUCGAAGCCAUGGCCAUGGAACUGCCAGUGAUUGUGACGAAUUGGUCAGGCCCAACGGAGUACCUGACUCAAGAGAAUGGAUACCCACUGGACGUGGACAGGCUGACUGAGGUCACAGAAGGGCCAUUCAAGGGUCAUUUCUGUGCUGAGCCAUCAGUUGAUCAUCUGAGAGCUUUGAUGAGGCGCGUCUUUGGUGAUCAGGAGGAGGCAAGGAGAAAAGGGAGGAAGGCAAGGGAAGACAUGGUUGAGAGGUUUUCGCCAGAGGUUGUGGCAAGGAUUGUUGCUGAUCAGAUACAACAGGUGGUUGUCAGUACUCAGUAGAUGGAUAGCCCAAAUCUUAUCACAAAUUUCCGAGGAAAGUAGAUAUCAUACACCACACAUAUGAUGUAGGUAUGGUAAGCUCGUUACUUAUUUGCCGCUUUGUAGGAGUUAUUUGUAGUAGUUUCUGCAAUGGUGGGGAUAAUUGGUGGCUGUUGUUCAUGUGCCUUUAUGCCAUCAUUAUUUGAAUGGUUCCCAAGCA